GGCCCAAAUUUUGCUGCACUGGACAUCCAGUUUCUCAGUUAGUUAGGGGAGGUCGCCGGAGGCUGUUCCAUCUCAGCAGCCCGAAGGUCAGGAAGCUUUGUGAGGUCCUCCACAGCAGUCAUGGGGAAGAAACCAGCGACGAAGAUGAGUAUGGCGGAUCUGAACGCCAAGUUCGGAGGGAACAUGGCCGAGCAGCAGCUGCCGUCGCAGAGCGUGGGGAAGGACUUCGGCAAGGGCGGCGGCAAAGGCGGCAAGGGCUUCCGCGACAUCGACGGGGGGCGCGAGGCCGACGACUGGCGCAGCUCUGGGCCCCGCAAGGGCAAGGGCAAGGGCGACGAGCCCAGCCGCGCUGACAACGGGGACUGGCGCGGCGGCGGCGGCGGCGGCGGCGGCGGCGACCGGGGCGGCGACCGGGGCGGCUUCCGCCGGGACCGGGACGACAACACGCAGGCCAACAAGGACGACGACUGGCGGUCCGGCAUGGGCGGUGGUCGCCGCGAGGACGGCGACCGCGGCUUCGGCCGCGGCGACCGCGGCGGCUUUGGCGACCGCGGCGGCGACCGCGGCGGCGACCGCGGCGGCGACCGCGGCGGCGACCGAGGCGGCAGCCGCGCGGAUGAAGGCAACUGGCGCGGCGGCGGCGGCAGCGGCGGUGGCGGCGGCGGCGGAGACGGGGAGCGGCCGAGGCUGAAUUUGAAGCCGCGCUCAAAACCGGUCCCUGAAGGCGGCGAAGACGGGAAGCUUCGGGAGGACGACGACCGCAAGCCAGGCGGCGGCGCGGGCGGCGGCGGCGGCGGCGGCGGCGGAGGAACAAGGUACAUCCCUCCAGCCCAGCGGAGAGCAGCCGAGGAGGAGGCCCGGAGGAGAGAGGAGGACGACGCCCGGCGUCGCCAGGAUGAGGAGAGGCGAAGCAAGCAGCGGCAGGAGGAUGAGAGGCGGCAGAGGGAGGAGGAUGCCAAAAUGGAGAAGAAGCGAGCGGAGGAAGCCAAGAAGGCUGAGGCUGAGAAGCAGAGACGCCUUGCGGUGAAAGCCGAGAAGGAGGCAGAGGCUCGCGAGAAGCGGGAGGCUCUGAAGAGUGUCAGCCAGGCUCAGAAGAAGUCGUCGCAGGGCUCCAGCAAGAAGCAGGUCUACGACCCCUCGAAGGUCGAAGGCUUCCUGGAGAGCUGCGAGGAGGUGCUCCAGGAGCAGGGCGACGUGAAGAAGCUUGUGGAUCAGGUGGAGGAGCAGCUUACAGAGGACGAGCUGGGCACUGUGCAGCCCAUUGCCAAGCUGAACGAGCUUCUGUUACGCUACUGCCGCGGCAAGCAGGACGAGGAGAUCUUCACACUUCUGCAGGACUGGUCCCCGGUGCUGAGCUGUCUCAUUGAGAAGUCGGGCAUCCGACGGUUCAAGGUGAAGGUGCUGAUAGAGAUCCAGCGAGUAGCCAGCAAGAUGGGCCUGCCGAGGCUGUCGCCGGCCUCUGCCCUCUUGGAGGCCUUCUUUGAUGGCCUCUACCGCGCUGAGGUCAUCGAGGAGGACUACUUCGAGAUGUGGGCCAAGGCGGAUGACGACACCCAGGGCAAGACUAGCGCCAUGUUCCAGGUCACCGCGUUCCUCGAUUGGCUGCGGGGCAUCGUCGAGGAGGAUGACAUGGAGGAGGGUGAGGGUGAAGAGGAAGAGGACGAGGAGGAUGAUGAGGAAGAGGAGGAUGACAUCGAGGAGAACGUGCCGAGCUCCAGGCGGAAGUGAGCGGCGCUGCUCGCCCUUUUCCGCAUACGGCCAGAGCAGGCCUCUGUAAAACCAGCAGGGUGUUCACAGUUGGCUGGUCAUGUCCUCAUUGAAGCUCGG